CACUUCUAUAUUUAUUCUCUCUCUAGUUGACGUCGUCUGCAGACUACAAUGGAUGUCGCUGACACUUUAGCCGAUGGAAUCUUGGUGAAAUCGAGAGGGUAUCUUAUCCCUAAUGAUGUUGUGGCUGUUGAUGGUGGUAUUAAAGCGGUAGGACCAGCAGUACUUAAGCCCCCUCCGGCAAUGAAACUACCUCCUAUUGAUCUUUCAGGAUCAUCUUGGGAUUUCCUUACGCAUUUCGCUCCAAGUGAAACAGUUCAGCGGCCAAGUUCCUCUUCUUCUGAUAUUAGCUGUGAUGAAGAGGAAGUGGAAACGGAAGAGACGGGAGGUAAGUUUAUCCACUUGGGGGAUACGGCUCACGAGGCAUGCUCCAUCGCUAUAGACAAGGGUGACUCCUCAAGUACAGUAUCCAUUACUUCUUCGAUUUAUGCCUCCGGAAGAUCUAUCAUCACUUCUUGGCUGAAGGGUCAAGUUCCGGGACGAGCAUCAUUUAGCUCUGUGUAUGAAGGCAUUUCAGAUUCCUCAAUUGAUUCGGAAUCCACUUGCUCCUUUCUGACGCCCUCUUUGGAGUUCCCGGAUCGCGUCAGUUUCCGGAAAUUGGAUUUGAGUGAAGCAGGUCCUAGUCGACACGUUCGGGAAAAUCGUAAAUUGACGCGUCCCAAGUUGAUUGAAAAAUUAUACAAUCCUGAGGAUAUGGUAUUAGUGACGUCUUGGCUGAAGGGUCAACUUCUGGGACGAGGAUCAUUUGCCUCUGUGUACGAAGCCAUUUCAGAAAAUGGAGACUUCUUGGCUGUGAAGGAAGUUUCACUUCUUGAUCAGGGAAGGCAGGCAAAAGAGUGCAUAAAACAACUUGAGGGGGAGAUUGCGUUACUUAGUCAACUUCAGCAUCAGAAUAUAGUGCGAUAUCGUGGCACAGCAAAGGACGGGUCAAAUUUGUACAUCUUUCUUGAGCUUGUAACCCAAGGAUCCCUUAAAAAACUCUACGAAAGAUACAAACUUAGAGACUCUGUAGUCUCCUUGUACACAAGACAAAUUCUUGAUGGUUUGGAAUAUCUCCACGAUAAAGGCUGUGUUCACAGGGACAUUAAAUGUGCAAAUAUAUUGGUGGGCACUAAUGGCGCCAUUAAACUUGCAGAUUUUGGGUUGGCAAAGGUGUCAAAUGAUAUGAAGUCCCCCAAGGGAACUCCAUUCUGGAUGGCUCCAGAGGUUAUUAACCCCAAGCUGCGUAAUGAUGGGUAUGGAAGUCCAGCUGAUAUAUGGAGCCUUGGGUGUACUGUGCUCGAAAUGUGUACUGGUCAGACCCCUUACUCUGAUAUAGAACCUGUUAGAGCCCUGUUUCGCAUCGGAAGGGGUACGCUUCCGGACAUACCUGAUACUUUAUCACUAGACGCUCGGGAUUUCAUACUAAAGUGUCUCAAAGUGAGCCCCGCUGAACGGCCAACUGCAGCCGAGCUGCUAAACCAUCCAUUUGUGAUAAGACCCUUAUCCAGAGGUUCAGCAGCUCCACAUCUCCGUAGAGGCUGAUUUGAGUAAAUAUUACCUCUAUAGGCGUAAUCAGAAGAUUUGUGAGAGAUGAGAUGAGACUCCAUAGAAAUUAUUGAGGAGAGUAGAGAUAUGAUUCUUCUGCACACUUAGGGUUUGGGUUGCGCAGGCAAGAGCUAAGUUCCCUGGGACAUAAAAUAAUAUAUGGCUCAUUUCAUUUGUUUGUUAUUCGUUGUUGUUUAUCUGUGUGUUGGGAUUAAUAUUGAAACUGAAGA